CUCGCUAAGGAAGCCGCGGCCCUUUGCCUUCAGUUCACUCACCGAGCCGUCCCGCCAUGGCUUGCUACAUCUACCAGCUGCCGUCCUGGGUGCUGGACGACCUGUGCCGCAACAUCGACACUCUCAGCGAGUGGGACUGGAUGCAGUUCGCCUCCUAUGUGAUCACAGACCUGACCCAGCUGAGGAAGAUCAAGUCCAUGGAGAGGGUCCAGGGAGUGAGCAUCACCCGGGAGCUGCUGUGGUGGUGGGCCAUGCGGCAGGCCACCGUCCAGCAGCUGGUGGACCUCCUGUGUCACUUGGAACUCUACCGAGCUGCCCAGAUUGUCCUGAGCUGGAAGCUGGUUCCUGACAGUGCAUCUCCCCUCCCAUCCUUACCAGAGGCUGUGAGACCAGGGCCUGUGGCUACUUCUAGAAGAAACCUCAAGAUUGAGCAGGAAAAGAAGCAGCCUGUGGAGCCGGCCUCCUUCCUGGAUACAGGUACCGCCAUGGCUGGGGCCCAGCAGCAGGCCUCGAACCAGCUUCCACACAAGGAGGAUGCCCCUUGUUCCUUGAAAACGGACCUACCUGACUCUUCCCAAUCUAAGUGUCUCAGCACCUCUACGUCAGUCCCCAAGCAGGAAAAGCUUUUGAGUUUGCCUGGAGACAGGCUUUUCUGGAGUGAGGCAGAUGUCAUCCAAGCAACUGAGGACUUUGACCAAAGCCACCGAGUCAGUGAGGGGACCUUCGCUGAUGUCUACCGGGGGCAAAGGCAUGGUGUGACCUUCGCCUUCAAGAAGCUCAGAGAGAUGGCUGGCUCCAGUCCAGGGUCCAUGGAUAGAUUCCUGCAGGCAGAGAUGCAGCUGUGCCUCAGAUGCUGCCACCCCAACAUCCUACCGCUGCUGGGCUUCUGUACCGGACGGCAGUUCCACAGCCUCAUCUACCCCUACAUGGCCAAUGGUUCUCUGCACGACAGACUUCAGGCUCAGGGUGACUCAGACCUGCUGCCCUGGCCCCAGCGUGCCAGCAUCUGCUCAGGGCUCCUUUUAGCCGUGGAACACCUGCAUAGCCUGGACAUCAUCCACAGCAAUGUCAAGAGUGCCAACAUUUUGCUGGACCAGCAUCUCAAUCCCAAGCUGGCCCAUCCAGUCGCUCAUCUGUGUCCUGCCAAUAAAAAGACCAAAUACACUGUAAUGAAGACCCACCUGUUCCAAGUCUCAGUUGCAUAUCUGCCUGAAAACUUCAUCAGAGUGGGGCAGCUGACCAAGCAAGUGGACACCUUCAGCUGUGGAAUUGUGUUAGCUGAGGCCCUCACUGGAAUCCCUGCGAUGGACAAGGACCGCAGUCCAGUUUACCUGAAGGAUUUGCUUCUUGGUGAGAGUCCUAGCAGUUCUUCUGCUCUCUGCUCCCAGAAGACAGGCAUGGGAAAGGUGCUGGCCAAAGAGAUCUGCCGGAAGCACGUGGAGAGGAGGGCAGGGCUGCUGCCCGAGGCCUGUGUGGAAGCGUGGGCCACCGCUGUAUGUGUCUGCCUGCAGAGGCGCAAUGCCAGCCUGGAGAAGGCACGAGUCUCCAUGGCUGAGGUGGAGAACCAACUCCGUGGUCAGCUGUCCUUCCCUUGGAGCAGGGUUUCAGAAGGCACAGGCUCAUCAUCCAAUACUCCAGAGGAGACAGACGAUGUUGACAAUUCCAGCCUCAGUGUCCCUUCUUCUGUUAUGGUGGCGUCGUGUGCAAGGGUUGCUUCCUCUCCACUCUCCAUGGGAAAUGGAACAGCACAAUCAUCUACCAGUGAGAGACAGGAGGCUGACUCCUCCUCAGAGGCCUGCCCAUGUGCACAGCCACCCCAGGACGCUACAGAGAAUUCAUGGAAAAUUGAGAUCAAUGAGGCCAAAAGGAAACUGAUGGAGGAUAUCCUACUCUACAAAGAGGAGAAACUGGACAGCAUUGAGCUUUUUGGACCCUGAUGACCAGAGCACAUCUGAGGACCCUUAUCCUCAACUGGAUAGACAGUGUCCAGUCAAGGAAGAGGUCUUUGGCAGCCUGAGGUCUGUUGAGACCCAUACAAGCCAAAUACUAGCCCGAACAGAAGGAAACUUGGUUUCAUCAGAGUUGAGUUGCAGGGACAGGGGGCAGGGGGAUCUCGACUUACACAGACACCAAACUCUAGGAAGAACUCUUCCUCUUUGAGGCAAGGGGCUUAUGAAGCACAAUGCCUGGUAUGUG